UAUACUUGCAGUAUAACCAAAGAAUUAUGACAUCGCCAGUUACUGCGUACAAGUCGAUACCACGUUCCCAGUAUGACUUGCUCAGAAUGCCUGGGCACGUGGAACAGUCGCACGGACGAACUCGUAGGUGAAAUAGGAGCCUCGUCGACGUCACAGCACUUUUUUCGUCGUCUUCGCCAUUGCCACGAUGCGAGGUCGUCAACGUCGUGCUAGAUAUCAGAAAAAGGAGUGGAACUCAGGUGUAGUUGAGGGACAAGUGAAGGAUCUCGCAUUCAACAUAUUCGGCAAGGCUAUCAAAGACAAGAGCGGCGAACGUGACGAACAUCAGGUCAUCAUUGCUCGGAACCCAAGCAGCAGUCACUGGAACGAUUUGAUCAAGCAGAACCAGACCAGUGGUGCACAAGGACCGCCAAUCUUUCGCCCCAGCAUGAACUUCACAUUGCGAGAGCAAAGCACAGAUUCAGCUCUCCAACCGGGCACCGCACGUUUUCUCGUGGUUGGUUAUGCUAAGCCCAGUCUCGACAAAAAGUACAAAAGCAUGGAUGGCAUCACUAAGCAGGUUGUCGGUGUCCAUGGACCAAGUCAUGUUCUUACCUGGGAUGACGACGAAUACCGCACUUGUUACGUUGUCACCCCAAUCCAAGAACAGCAGCCAAACCAGCUGAAAUGCUACGCUCUUCUCAUGCCAGAGAAUGAGCUUUGCACACCAUACGCCCUUGCGAAGGACGACAUCUUCUAUCGACACGAGUAUCGCAACACUGAGAAAAGUGUCAAGGCGAGGAGGAGCUCAUGGAGCAAGAAGAUUGCUCAACACUCCGCUCAGGUCGGCCGACGUAUGCCCGCUUCGGUUGGGGAGGUCAUCGUAGAGCUUUGCGAGGGUUGUGGAAACGACAUGAAGAAGCUGCUGGCAAAAGCCGAUGCCGAUAUUGCAUAUCGUCCGCUAAGGUCAAACACGGCCCUCAGAGUAUUCGUCGACGCCGAGGCCGUCGAUUUUAAGGAAGAAACUGCGGCUGAGGUACUCCAAGAAGUGGCGACACUAUGGCCAGACAUUGAAGGGAUGACUGCUGAGAGAGUUCUGGUAUUGAAACAGCUCAUGGCUCGACACGAUGCCGAGAUCAAGAAGUUUCAACUCAAGGGUCUCUUGGCGGAGGGUAUGCAUCGACUGGGUCUGCAGGUCGACUACCUGAGUAUCAUGGACGAGGAAGGAUUCGUCAAAAACUUGGUGGCCAAUCUCGACCGGAUCCUGGGCAAAGAGGCUCAGCGUAAACCGACGGCGUCGAACAUUGACGAGACAUCGUAG